GAGAGAAAGGGAGAGUGAGGGAGUGCUAUAUAUAUGGGGAAAGCUUGUCCGACGCCGCUUCUCCCGCUUUUUUUUCCGCCUGACGCUAAUAGCAAAUUUACUUAAAACUGAAAUUUUUAAAGUGAAAUAUCUCGAGAACCGUUCGACGAAUGUCUUAAUUUCUUUUUUUAAAUCGGUCUAAAUUUUCUGGACUACAACAUAAACAUAAAAAAUUCAAAAUCGCAUACCUAGAUUUCGAGAUAAACUACAAAACGUGUUUUUUAACCGGUUUAGAACCGGUUUUUCAAAAAACUAAUAGCACAGAAAGUGUCGUACUUACGCGCGCGUAGAUAUAUUUUUAAAAAAAUUUAUGAAGAUAUCUCUAUCCAAACCAGAGAUAUUGCGUACUACGGACGAUCGGACCCGAAAUUGCCAGCUUAUGAUUUUCGGCAACAGGGAUGUUCAAAACAUAUACCCUGUGAAUUUCAGCUCGAUCGGAGCACUUUGAGAAAAUCCGACGAUUACAAUAGAUGUGAUUAGAAGGAAUCACACCUAAAAAAAAUAGAUUUUAUAUUGUUACAGUGUUCAGUUAAUAAUUUAUCAAUUUACACUUUGUGAUUCAUCUUUUCCCCCUAUCUUUGUUAAAAUCCCAAAAGGUCACAACCACCGUCCAUAAUAUAAUUGUGGGCAAACUGUGGGUGGAUCAUCAUGGAGAUAUGGAUAUUGUGGGAGAAAACAGUGCCACAGGGAUAAAAUGCCAUUUGAAAUAUAUUCCCUAUUCAUACUUUACACGUGACACCCAGAGACGCGUCAAAGGGGUUGUGAUGAAUGCAGAUGGUCAGGUGAAGUGGGUGUUGAAUGGUACGUGGGACAAUAAAAUUGAAAUAGCUCCCGUGAUAUCGACCAAUGGCACCAAAGACAGUCCAAUUUACAAAACGGGCAAUUACAAAACCAUCUGGUCGAGACGUCUGCCCCCCUUGGAUAGUGAUAAGUAUUAUAGUUUCACAACGCUAGCGUGUCAAUUGAAUGAAUGGGAGGAAGAUGUGGCGCCAACGGACUCACGAAGGAGACCCGAUCAGAGACUCAUGGAGGAGGGAAAAUGGGAUGAUAGCAACUCGGAAAAAGUCAGACUCGAAGAAGCACAACGAUUGCGCCGAAGAGAACGGGAAGCAGAGGCAGAGAGUGCAGCUUCAGAAGGACGUCCAUAUCCACCUUAUGAACCUGUUUGGUUCACAAAGCUUAAGGAAGAGGGGAAUGAUACAUUGUUUCAUGUGUACAAAGGAAACUACUGGGAGUGCAAAAACAAGCAAGACUGGUCAAAGUGUCCUAGUAUCUUCUGAGAAACUGAAUUUCCUCGUGUCCAGGACGUAUUACGUUGUGCGGAUAUAUAGGUGAAAAAAAAAUUAAUCUACCAUGAGAGUAAUUUUUUGUAUAAUGUGAAAAUGACAAUUUUCAAUGAGAUAGAUUUGCAAUUUGCAAUUACAAUUUGAGAAAAAAAAAAGUUUUCAUAGAAUAAAAAAGACUUCAUGUCUCUUUUGGCUUAAAAACUUUUUUGACAUUCUGAAUAGCAGAAUUUUCAUGAGGAUAUAAUGCUACAGCAACAACAAAAGUAAAUAAAAUUGAAAAAUAAUUUUUUUAUUGAAUAAUAUUCAAAUAUUUGACAAAAAGAAACAACAAAUAUGAGAAAGAACUAUAACAGUGAAUUUAUGGAAAAUUGAAUAUUUCUUGUGAAUGUAAAGAGAUUUAAGAAAAAAAAAGAAGAACUUUCAAUAGGCUGUCAAGUUAAUGAAAUAAAAUGAGGAUUAAAGAAAAAAACGAAAACAAAUAUGCUACUCCCAAUACACAAAAUGUAUUAAAUGAAUAUAUAUAAAUAACCACAUUUAGGUGAAAUCACUGAAUUAUCUCUAAAAUAUCCCUCUCACCUAAUGUAACAUUGUCUUUUUAUGCAGUUUGUAGGCAUCGAGUAUUUUUUAGAAAUCGUUAUUGCGUUGAAAAUCAAAAUUAAUUCUUUCUAAUUAAUACACUUUACCGUAAUUUAAUUUAAAAAUAAAA